UCCUCCUAUCCAUUAAGAACUUUGCAGACUCAAUUUAUCUGCAAAGGUCGACCAACUCUUUAACUGACCUCGGAUCUUGAGUAACAACUUUUUCAAAGUAAAAUUGAUUAAGGUUUUUUCGUAAGUAGAAUAAUUGCUGCAUUUCACUGAAUGGAACCGAAAUCCACCGGAACAAAAGAGACAUCGGCCCUUAUUCUGCGCCGCGCGUGACGUGAUGAUUGUCACCUCACCUCGUAGUCACCGUGAGAUUUGUCACCUUAUUCCCGGAGUCGAUAUGGGUAAAGUGACAGAGGUUCAUUCUUAGUGAGUGGUCAAAUGAACACACCUGUCAAAAUGGUAGAAUUUAGCUGGUGCUGUUUUGAAUUUGCUCUCGCUUCGGAUUUUCCGAAUUCGGUUUUUGUGUAACGGGUUAGAAUUUUGGUUCGAAAAUGGCCAUCAUCGGAUUGUACGGCCACAGCAAGCUGCUUGAGGAUAAUAAACGGACGAUUUGUGCGAGGUAAGUAGAAAUUUUGCUCAUCAAAGCUGGGUUCGGAUCUGCAUGAGUAUUAUUGCCGAAAAAACCAAAAUCAGAUGCCGACGGCUCCGAAUAGUGCCGGUUUAUAUAUUUUCCCCAACCGAGGUUACCACCGUGGCAUGCCGGAAAUUGCAGAUCCGAACAGUUAGUUGAUUGUGGCGUACUGAUUCUUUAGUAAUUGAUUUUAUUGUUAUUUUUUAGAUUUGGAAAAGUGGUCGCAAUUUUAGAACUGAACAAGAACUUACAACAUGACAUCGCCAUCUUCGAGGCUGCGCCACAGGAAAGUUGUAUUCCGUCGAAAAAGCAUUCAGCCGAUUUUUUAUAAAAACUGAUCGAGGCCUGUGUUGUAUGUAUCUUAGAAGGCAUCACUUCCCUCCACAUCCCCAAACUACCGACCGACCAAACCAAACUUUCCGAUGCGAAAACGCCAUGACCCAAGAACGGAAAUAAGCCGGAAAACAUUGGAUUUGCGGACCAGUUGAGGUGGAACAACAAAAGUAAUUUUUUUUUACAUAUGUCGGGAAAGGUUUCGAGGAAAAUAACAGUGAAAAUAAACGGACUAACUGCUAAUAUUUUAUUUUCAAAGUGUUCGUGUUUUCACGUUUUCACAUUUUGCAAAAAAUCAAUAAAUAAAAAAAAAUACAUAUUUGCUUCCAUCUUUUCAAAACUAUUAUUCUUUAUCAUUUAAUUAACUAUUUAAAGCCUUUCAUUCCCAUGUAUAUAAAUUUUCUGUUCAGUUUCUUUUUCGUCACAAUCUGAAAAAGUACCGACAAUCCUCAUCGAUUGCCGAAUUAGUUCAGCGAAUCUAGAUUUGUUCGUGAAAAUUAUUUUUAAAAUGGUCAUACUUUAAUGUUGUUGAACUUUUAGAGCCAAUUUAUUCCCUGUUUCAUAAAUUUUUCAUUGAAUUCCUUUCUCGUCGCCACCUGAAAAGGUACCGACAAUUGUCACCUAAAAUCGUCACCCGAAUGCGACGAUUCUCACCCACGGUGACUACGAGAAUAGGGUAAGAACUCACAAAGUUCAUCCGAAGUGACGUUCCUCACCUAAACCGACUGCUGGAAUAGAGUGACUUGGGUGACUCUACUAUUGUCACGUCACUCGAGGCGCAGAAUAAGGGCCAUCGCCGAAUUAUAUGAUGCAAAAGACUCGUCUUCGCCUUGCAGUCGAGUAUCAAUUUCUUGAAGAAGCAAUUCGUCGUAGUGGGGGGGUAAAUAUUGCUCCCUGAAUUUUCUUUGGAAGUCUCUCCAUGAUUCAAAUCCAUAAUAUUUUUCUCUGUACCACCUUAAGGCAGAUCCUUGAAGGAGAUGGAAAACCGAAGACAACAUAUCCUGAUCCGACACUUUUUCCGCGUUUUGCAAAAUGGAAACCGAAUCAAGAAAAUCGUUUGCGCUUAGACCUCCUUCACCCGAAAAAGUUAAUUUCCACUGGUGAACAGGUUUACCAUUUGAUCUGGUUUGGGACGAGAAGGAGUUAUUAUGCUGCGAAAAAUCAUUGCGAUAUGAACGGUUAACAUCACGAUUCAGAAAACUUUCAAUGUUAUUGAUAGAAUUGCUUAAUUGCUCCAAUUUUUGAGUGAGCGAACCGAUUUCGCUCCUAUCGACUUCACCAAUUUCACAAGAUCGAUUCACACCUCCGGCAGGCGUGGCAUUACUAUUGCGCGACCUAUCAUCAAGAAAAGUAUCUCGUAUUGGUUUAUCACAUGUUCUAUCGUAAGUUGUAGAAUUGGCACAAAAACGGGUUUUACGAACUGCACCUGUAUCACACCCCGGUGUUCUAAGAACAGAAUCGUAAGGCGGUAAUUCCUCACCGUCUCCAAUUGCAACUUCAACAUUGAUUUUAUUCAUGAUUUGAUUUACGCGUUUUUCUAAGUCCCCAACCGUUCUGUCUAACUUUUCGUCCGUUACUGUAUUUGCGUCGCUGAUGUCUAAAGCACUCGCACCGAAUUCAUCGGGAAAGUUUUGUUGCAAGUCCUCUGCAAGGCAACUGAUCUGGAUAGCUAUCGUUUCCCUAUCCCUUACAACAAUAUUAUCAUCUGAUGAGAUACGAGAGGCGCGCUGCUGCAAAUGGUAAAGUUGCGAAAUAUAGGGUUUAACUUUAACAAAAUCUUUAAACAUCAAAGCAUCAGCCAGAGAAGGAAUCAUUUCUUCCAAAUAUUCAUGCAAAAUUCGGAUCUCCUGCUCAAAAUCAGUAGCAACCUCUGCUUUCGGAGUAAUGAUAUCCCCCCUCUGUUCUUUGCAGAUAGUUUGAUUUAAAAUUUUUAUUUUCAAUCCAUCACUAAACGAUUUCGAAAUUUUUCUUAUUGAACAUUCGUAAUCGAAUUGUUCAGGAAAUAAAUCAGUGACCACCAUCGACAUAUUUAAGCUGUAUUAGUGGAAUCGUAAGGCAACUAAAUUCAGAUUCGAAAUAAACAGUUCAAAGAAAAAAAAGAAGAUGACUUACCACCAAUGAAAUUUGUUACCUUUUAACAACACCGUGAAACUUCCGCAACAAUCCAAGCACUUUAUUAUCCUGAAAAUAUCUUAAACACUUCAAACUUUUGGUCUUAAAACUCCCAACCCACAAUUUUGAUUGCAGAAUAUCAAGAAUAUUCUCUUAGUCUUGUUUCAGCUUCGACUUCCGAAGGAAAUCGAGACGCUACAUUUGGCGCCCAACGUGGGGCUCGAACCCACGACCCUGAGAUUAAGAGUCUCAUGCUCUACCGACUGAGCUAGCCGGGCUGGGUUUGGAUGCCAAAACGUAUAGGCCGUUAACUCCCGAGAUCGUCGUUGACUCGAUUCACAACUUGCGCGGCACGUACUACUACGGCGAAUUUACGAGGGAAAAUACUUGAAGGCAGUAGGAUAAUAACCGCCUUACUCCGAUUUACUCCAAAAUGCAGCUUAUUUUACAAAAACCGACCGAACAACUCCAGGAUCAAAAAGCUAAGACCUCCAGGUUUUCUUUUUGGUCUCCAAGAAAACUCCAUUUUCCAUCCUCCCAUAGAAAAGCCACCUUUGGUAGCUCAUGAUGACUGUCAGAAUAACGAUAAGUUAUUCUGCUGUCCUUAUGGGUGGAAUUUCCAUUUUACCGAAAUUUCACCUCUCAGCACACAAAGAUCCACUCCCAAUAAGACUGACAUGAUACAUGGUCAAAUUAUGCAUUGGAGAUACUACGGAUAUUCCCACUUUGCCUACUACGGGCCGUUACAAAUUUUUAUUUUUGAUAUUCUUGUCAAAGUUUUUUUUUUCGACCACGGGGGGAGCACAUCAGCCAGUACGUAAAGCGUGACAUCCUCAACGCGAAUCCAAAUUACAGUAACUGCUGAAAAUUAUACUUAAAAUGUUAAAAUAUAUAACGUAAAAGAACGAUAGAAAUGUAAUUUAUUGAAAUAAUGAAAAUUGUUGAAUAAUCCGCUUAACCUGAAAAAGUAAGAUAAUCAAAUACAUGUAGUACACAGUUGAAUCACAGAAGCUGGGAAUAAAAAUGAAGCUGAAAAUGAAAUACUACACACGGAUCAACACAUUUGACUUGUUUUACGAUUUAAUUAAAUUCAUACACAGCUUAAAACUUUAAAAUUCAUAUAAUGAAAUUAAAAUUAACAAGGGCAAUCAAAAGUUAUGUGAAAGUAAGUAAGGAACGAAGUCACCUGAUUUUCAUUAUUCGACCAUAUGAAUCUGCUUCUCAUUGUCGUAAGCACUUCACUAUCAUUACCCGCACGAAAUCAUCAUUCUUGACCGUACCGCUUCAUUGAAUCGGACUUCGAUCAACCGCUGUACACAAUUUCUCCUACCCCAUUCUUUCUCCUUUCUGUUCUCCCAGUCACCAGCUAAAUUCUUAUUUAUUCUCCCUUUAGCUCUUCACGUCUUGUUUUUUUUUUCUCUCGGCCUACUUUUCUAAAUCCAAUCAUUUCGCCAACAUAACAAAUCAGGCUCUAGGCACGGUCUCGGAUCCAAUGUUCACACCAUCAAUGUAUGAAUGAAGAUUCCGCAAGAAAGGGACUAUCAAUGAACACUUUCGUGAAUUUCAUUAAGUAUUUUCACAAGUUUCACUUUGAAAUCGAUCGCGUUUUUAUAACCGUCUCAUACUCCUUAAAAUGAUUACACAGACUUUUGCAAACAAAUUUUGAAAUUUAUUUCCUAUAACUCAUCCCCACAACCGGCGUCAACACCCUAGCAUCACUCAAUGUGAAUUUUCGACCCGAAAUCGCCAUUAUUGGAAGCUCCAAACUUUGUUUCCCAUUCACAUGAAAUGUCUUCGACACUUUAAGUAGCACACUCCCAAAUUGAAUCAAAACAGUUUAUUUCUAUUAAAUUUUGGAAAAAAGACUAAUAUUACAUCGAAAAAAGUUUAAAAUUGCAUCUUUUUUCAAUUACACUCAAGAAAAAAUAGAUCACUCGUGUUUUAGAUCCCGUGUAUUUUUAGAAAUUUUUUGCUGUGUGUGGAAUAAAAUGGUUAUGUUGCAUUCACAAAUGGUCAAAUAAAAACAAGCGUGAUGAAAUCUUUCUAAAUCACUUGUUUAUUUACAUUAUUGCAUGUACUGGUCUCGAUAUUUUAAAGUGAAAAGUGUUUGAAUAAUCGUCUAAAGCCACAUUAAUCGCAUCCUUAUCAAUGGAAUGUGCUAAGGGCCCAAUAUCUGGAGUUUGUCGUCUUUGCUUGACACGUUAUAUCGUGCCGGAAAUGAUAAUCCUUAAUAAAAAUCAGCAGUAUGUUGUAGAAAUCAAACAAAUCACUGGAAUCAAUGUAAACCCAAUUACGGACUGCUGUAUCUAUAUGUGCUCGAGUUGUCAAACUGUUUUGCAGCAAUGCAUUGAUUUUCGUACAACUUGCGUUCAUAACGAUACUAUAUUUCAUCAGUUGUAUUCAAAUGAGUUUACCGAAUGUGCAGAAACGGAACUCAAACCAGAACAGCUUUAUAUACCAGUAGUCAAAGUGGAGACCGAACUAGAAUACGCGGAAGCAAAAACCGAACCGCUAUCAACCGACAGUGCAGAGGACAUCGGGUUUGAAGAUGUGCUUGCGGAAUGUAAUUCUAACUCAGAACCAGAAACAAGAUCUACACUUUCCUUUGAAGCGCCGCUGAAAGUUCCAAAAAAACGGGGCCGGAAACCGAAAGGAACUCCGCAAAAAGAAUUGCCAGAGACGGAAGUUAAAAUUCAUAAAAAGCGGGGCAGAAAACCAUUACCUGGUCCAAAGUGCAAGAAAGAUGAAUCAAAACGACAAUGCGAUAUAUGCGGAGUUAUGGUACGGCAUUCUUGGUUUACUAAGCAUAGAGAAAUACACGACCCCAAUCGAAAACUUUUCGAAUGCACUUACUGUAACAAAGCCUUUCCUCACGAGAAGCAAUUGAAACAUCAUGUUAAUGCAGUGCAUACACGUGCACAAAAAUACGAAUGCCAACAAUGUGAUAAAUCGUAUUGGCGACCAAAUACAUUACAUCAGCAUAUAAUAGCAACACAUUCUGGAGAAAAACGGUACGCUUGUAAAAUUUGCGAUGUAAAAUUCAGCCACCCAUGCCAUCGAUUGCACCACUAUAAGACGCGACAUUCUGAAGCUCGUCCUCAUGCUUGCGAAUACUGCGACAGAACGUUCAAAGUGAAGGGCGAUUUGACACUACAUGUACGAACGCAUACAGGCGAGAAACCGUUCAAGUGCGACAUUUGUGGAAAAACGUUUGCCAAGAGCUAUAACGUUGUCAUUCAUAAAAAGUCACAUCAAAAUGAACAAGAAAGAUUGGAAAGAAAAAAUCAACAAGUUGAAGGAGCUGCCGCGGCACCUUUACCAUUGAAUCCAUUUACAAAUUAUAUGAACAUGUGAUUGUGACAAGUGUAAACUUAAUGCGUGAAUGAUACAAAUACAACAAAUGAUGUUAUAAACGAUAUGUUUUAUAAAAACCUGUAAUAGAUGCUUACGCAUAUCCAUUC